CGCUCAUUUCGCAGCGGGAUUUACAUUAUCAUCAGAUAGUAUCAAAGACAAAGAAAUGGCGUUUGCUAUCUACGACUAUAGUUCUGAGUCCUCUAGUGACGGUGAAGACACCGAUAUGGAGGCUACCGGAGAUCAGAAGACCUCAGAACAGAGUUCCGGGGCCGUACAAUAUGCCCCUCCUGGUUCUAUCUGCGAGGUCCAUAACCUCUACGAGACGAAGCCCGACAAGAAGGGGCGUACGACCUGGACAAAAGAGCUGCCCGACGAUCUCACCAUCCCUGCUGAGAACACUGAGUCCAGUCAGUAUGCGCUGCUCGUGCGAAAUGAGAAACGCUACGAUGGCUGCAAAAACCUUCAGAUCCACUCCAUCGUCAUUCAGAGCGAGUCCUUGAAAACAUUCCUGGGUAAGGUCAUGGAGGGCUACCCAGGUUUGACCAUGACCCUGAAGCGAGUCGAGUUCAAGCCACCUUUCCAGCCGUUCGUGCAUCGAUGGGAGAAGCUCUCCAAGGCCAGAGAUGAGGUGACCGAUCCCGCGACAAAGGCGGUGGUUAACUUGCUGUAUACUAUUCUUGAGGAAGAACUUCGCGAGACCAUCUCGCGUAAGAGGGAUCUGAUUCGCAAUGGAGUGGCUACUCAUGAUCUACUCUGGACGAUAUUUGAACCAGGUGACACCAUCUACUGUGCUUAUGGCGAUCGCGAGCGCGUUUAUCGCUUUGAGUCGGGCUGGAUCAAUUGCCAGACCGGGGAGUUCAUGAUUUCCGCUAGGUACAUCGAUUUUGACGGAAACGGCUUUGGAUAUAGGUCGCAAAGCCAUGAAAUUCCCCCGUUUGAAGGUACACUGCCCAUCACAACCUUACCUGUUUUCCCUGUGCGGUACCAUUGCGAUCCUGUGGGUGUGCGACAAAAUCUGAUUGCCCGGGGGAGGCUGUGGGAGAAACAUCAAGGAUAUCACUACAAACAAUACGAAGGAACUGGCAUAGGUAGCUACAUGUGCCAGAAAGUUAAGUUCAACGUCAAGAGCCGAAUCAUUAUUGAUACUGAGGCCUUCAAUACUUUCAAUCCCAACGAAGCCAUCAGAGUCGAUGCACUGAAGAAGACACUAGACGACGAGAUGCGGCUUCUGGCGACCCCCAUCGUGCGCGGGUAUUCGCUAAAGGAUAAGAAAUGGCUAGCAUUCUAUCUCGAGGGGGUAAAGGAUAUCGUAUGGGACUCUCGCGCCUUCGAUUCGCUGGUUUUACCGGCAGAUCAGCAACGAUUGAAGAAUCUGAUACUCGCUAUCGCAAAGGCCCAGUCAAGGCAAAUGGAUGCAUUUGACGAUGUUGUUCAAGGCAAGGGUCGGGGAAUCAUCAUGCAAUUGAGUGGUCCACCUGGCGUAGGCAAGACGCUCACAGCCGAGAGUGUGGCAGAAGUCAUGCGGGUUCCUCUAUAUGUUCUCAGUGCGGGCGACCUAGGCACGUCCGCUCGUGGUGUCGAGAAUGCGCUGAAAGAUAUCCUCCGUAUGGUUCCAAAGUGGGGUGCGGUUCUUCUGCUAGACGAAGCGGAUGUCUUUAUGGAAGCUCGAAACAAUACCGAUCUUCAGCGCAAUGAGCUGGUUUCCAUUUUCCUUCGGUUGCUAGAGUAUUACGAGGGAAUCCUGUUCCUUACGACCAAUCGCGCCGAGAGCAUUGACCCGGCUUUCGAGUCGCGUAUCCACGUCUCGCUUCGGUAUCCAGAUCUGGAUGCUAGGUCACGGCGUCAGAUCUGGGCACAGUUCCUGAUUGGGAACCAAGGGUUCUCUCCAGAGCAACUGGAUCAGCUGGCCGAGGUAAAUAUGAAUGGGCGGCAGAUUAAGAACGUGCUGAAGACGGCGCAUCUGCUAGCACGCGAGCUGGACCACGACAUCCAAUAUGAACAUGUCCGCACAGUCUUGGACCUGAGGGUAGCUAACUAUGCCAACACACCGAAUGGGGCUCUUUGAUACUGGGCGUAUCGUUGGCUUGAAGAAUACUGACUAUGCGAGGACUUCUAUCUUUAACUUCAAUCUUGGUAAUAAAAACGGGUCUUCCUUGCUUUGGCUACGUAUAGUAUUCUCAUGAUUACAAGAAAAUGUAUUCUGCAUCGUGGGAUUGUGCCAUUUGUGUGCCAAGUAUCAUUUCUAUUUCUUUGAGCAUACGUCACAACAAGUACAGUGCUCACUACGAUG